AUGGCGCACUCUUACCGAGGAAGAUGCAUCGAGUCCGAGAGAGCGACAGUCAUAAAGACCACAUUUGACUUCGUACUCACAAUCACAACCGUGCCCGAUAACUUCACAGUCAAGAUGAUGACAAUCGAAACCCCUUCUCCCAAGCCUGAGUUAUCAAUCCUGCCUCGACACUAUCGCAUAUUCCCAGACUACGGAACGGACUUCCUCUGGCGAGCCGUUGAGGAUAUUAGAGAAGAUGAGCAAGGAUACACCGAGGCAGUAGAAGAACUCGCCUCAUUCCCGCCCUCAGUGCUGGCGAUGUACGAUGCUUGGGUAGAACAGUACAGCGAUAACUGGAGGAGGAGAGUUGAAGAUACGCAGGACUAUCGUGCCCCUGUGUUCUCGGAUAGAACUGAACAGGUGGCGUGGAACGUCGCUGGGUAUAUGUUGGCUUGGCGUAUUGUUCUUGGUCCCGGUGUUGGAAGUGUUGUAUACACCGCUGGUUCUACAGAUUACCUGCUUGAACGGGGAAAUGAAUUGGUGACGGAGAGGUUCUUGGGGGAUCAGAUUGAGCUUUUGGCCAUGGGGGCUACGGGGCUACCCUGA